GGGCUGGAGCGCCCUGAGGAYAUCCAGGGGCUUGUGGUAUUCGACAGAGUGUGACACUGGAAGAGUUCCUGUUUGCUUGUUUUUUUUCCCUUUCUAGCCAUCUCUCAAGUUUCCUAGGGAAGCAUGGCAGCCCCUCAGGAGAAAAGGUCUUCCGAAGAAAGGAAACACAGAAGUGCCCCAAACGGAGCUCCAGCRUCUCGAGGGCAGUGGGGAAGAGCUUGGGAAGUAGACUGGUUUUCCUUGGCAAGCAUCAUUUUCCUGCUCAUGUUUGCACCGCUCAUUGUGUAUUACUUCAUAAUGUCCUGCGACCAGUACCAGUGCUCCCUGCUCAGUCCUCUCGCUGACCUGCUGCUGGGGAACAGGCGCCUGUCCGACAUCUGGGACAAGACUCCUCCGCUGACCGGCAGGGCUGCUGCCAUCUAUGGCCUUUGGGUCACUUUCCAGGUGAUUUUGUAUGCCUUUGUUCCYGAUUUCUGCCAUAAGAUUCUUCCUGGAUACGUAGGAGGUGUGCAGGAAGGUGCUGUUACUCCUGCUGGUAUAGUAAAUAAGUAUGAAAUCAAUGGACUUCAGGCUUGGAUCAUUACCCAUGUGCUUUGGUUUGCAAAUGCCUAUUACUUCCACUGGUUCUCACCUACCAUCAUUUUUGACAAUUGGAUUCCUCUUCUGUGGUGUGCCAACAUCCUGGGAUAUGUAGUUUCCACGUUUGCAAUGAUUAAAGGCUACUUUUUUCCUACUAAUGCCAAAGACUGCAAAUUCACUGGCAACUUUUUUUAUGACUACAUGAUGGGGAUUGAGUUUAAUCCUCGGAUAGGAAAGUGGUUUGAUUUCAAGCUCUUCUUCAAUGGGCGCCCUGGUAUUGUGGCGUGGACUCUAAUUAACCUUUCCUAUGCUGCUAAACAACAGGAGCUCUAUGGCCAAGUAACCAACUCCAUGAUCCUCGUCAAUGUCCUGCAGGGUAUUUAUGUUUUGGACUUCUUCUGGAAUGAGGCCUGGUAUUUGAAAACCAUCGAUAUCUGCCACGAUCACUUUGGAUGGUACUUGGGCUGGGGAGACUGUGUUUGGUUACCAUACCUCUAUACCCUGCAGGGUUUAUAUUUGGUUUACCACCCUGUGCAGCUUGGCACGGCUAACGCUGUGGGGAUCUUGAUCCUGGGCUUGGUUGGCUAUUACAUCUUCAGGGUGACCAACCACCAGAAAGAUCUCUUUCGGGGCACCAACGGCAACUGCAAGAUCUGGGGGAAGAAGCCGGAGUACAUUGAGUGCUCCUACACAUCCGUGGAYGGGACGAAGUACCACAGCAAGCUGAUGACCUCGGGCUUCUGGGGAUGGGCCCGGCACUUCAACUACACGGGAGACCUGAUGGGCUCGCUGGCCUAUUGCCUGGCCUGCGGCUCCGCACACCUCUUGCCCUAUUUCUACAUCGUUUACAUGACGAUUCUGCUCACRCACCGAUGCAUCAGGGAUGAGCACCGCUGCCUCAGCAAGUACGGGAAGGACUGGAAGCGCUACACGGCCAAAGUGCCCUACCGGCUCAUCCCGGGAAUAUUUUAAGACUAGGACAGAAUCCAGGGGAAACAAAAGGAUUUUUUUUUUUUUUUAAUACAACGAGCUGGUGAGCACAGUAAAAUCAACAAAGCAGUUGCUGUAGGGAACUCAUAAUGCUCUGGAAGAGAAAAGGUGACUGGACAGCAGUUCUUCAUGUACAUAAAGAAUGUGCCUCUGCUAAACAGUCACACUGUACAUAAAGUAAAUGAAAAGAGGCACUGGAAUAGAUCUGCUAAUAAGACUGUUAUGCCUGGUACCUUUUUCCCCUCUAGAAAAUAAUUUGGGAUUGAAGAAGAUUUGCAUGUAUUGAUAUUCCUGAAAUCUCUUCUAUGCAGGAAGGAGACUUUACCAUUGAAGUAGUUUGCAGUGAGAUGGCAGUGGAGGAAAUCAGGUGUUGAGCCGUGUUUGAGCCGUUUAUGAAGCAGUUCUGCACCAUGGCUGUGCGGGGGCUAUGCCUGUGGCAGCAGUGACUUACAGUCAGUGACUCUCAGAAGAAGGUUGUGUUGUUUCUGGCUUUUCUGAGCAGUUAACUGGGCAAAUACUGAAUGUGAUCCUAACUGGUGCUGCAGGAAGGCUGCUUUAAGCUGAUAGAAAUACUUUCAAAAACUGAUGUCAAUCAGUGUAGUUGAAUAGCUAUAUUUGUUAACAGCACUUGA